AUGCAUAUCUCGCUCCCCGUCCUACUCCUCACGGCGAGCGUUGUAAACGCCGCCGCCCUUCCCGGUGACAACAACUGGUGGAAGGACACCAAACAGCCCUACUGGGUUGGACCCAAAGGUGGUGGCGCACCGAAACCUGAGCCCCACCCCCAGGUUCCUCAGCCUAAGCCCCAGCCCCAGGUUCCUCAGCCUAAGCCCCAGCCCCAGGUUCCUCAGCCUAAGCCCCAGCCCCAGGUUCCUCAGCCUAAGCCCCAGCCCAAGGUUCCUCAAUUCAACGGCACGGAAACAACAGGCACUGGAGCUGAAACUGGUACUGGCAUUGGAGCUGAAACUGGUACUGGCACUGGUGCUGAGGUACCCCAGGUUCCUCCAUUCAACUCCACGGGAGCAGCAACUACUAGCCCUCACAUAAGUCAUCGUCAGAUGCCUCAAAUCAACGGCACGGAUCCAACAGGUGCUGGUACUGAAACUGGCACUGGCACUGGUGCUGAAACUGGCACUGGCACUGGUGCUGAAACUGGCACUGGCACUGGUGCUGAAACUGGCACUGGCACUGGCACUGGUGCUGAAACUGGCACUGGCACUGGCACUGGCACUGAAACUGGCACUGGCAUUGGCACUGGUACUGGUGCUGAGGUUCCUCAAUUCAACGGCACGAGCCCAGCCAACCCUGGCGGCAACCCUGGCGGUAAAUCUGGCGGUAAAUCUGGCGGCAAAUCUGACGACAAAUCUGGCGGCAAAUCUGGCGGCAACCCUGGUGGCAACACUGGAGGCGACCAGCCCUGGAACAAGCAGCCCUGGAACGACCAGCCCUGGAACAAGCAGCCCUGGAACGACCAACCCUGGAACAAGCCUGGGGGCAAGACUGGUGGCAAGCUUGAGUAG